AUGUCCUCUCCUCUUGGCCACGCAUGCCGGUCACUUUAUGACUUUGUGUGUCCCUUUCCCCCUCUGGGCCUGAGGAACCCUAGGGUCUCUUCCAAUGGUUUUAUGAUUGUUUUAAAGUUAGGGGGCGUGACCUCGCUACCUCUCUCCAUUGCCACCCCCACUCCCCACAGAGCCACCUGCAAACUCAGGCCACUGCAGGGGCAAGCCCUGAAUCACCUUCUUAUCUGGCCUCUGAGCGCAGUCUCCUGGCUGACCUCCGAGAGGCACUCACAAGGCCCCACAGGGAAUUCCCACGGGUAG